GCGCCGGGAAAGAUGGCGGCGGCUGCGGUUUGAAUUCCAGCGGCGCCGCCGGAGUCCGAACAAGAGCUGGAUUGGAGGGGGCGGGGACCUGGAGAGCCGGGCGGGUCGCGACCGCAGGAGAAACCAGAGGCGCGGCCGCCACGGACACCAAUGCCACCACCUGCUCUGUGUCCGUGAUGGACUCGGUGUUGGAAGAGGACGUCACCCUCCCCGGGACGCUCAGCGGCUGCAGUGGCCUUGUCCCAAAGUUACCAGAUGACCUGGAAGGUAUCAGCCCCAUUGCUGGUUUGGGAAAUGGAGUGCUCCCAAAGGUGUCAGAAGAAACGGUGUCUCCCACAAGGGCACGGAACAUGAAGGACUUUGAAAAUCAAAUCACUGAAUUGAAGAAAGAAAACUUUAACCUAAAGCUUCGCAUCUAUUUCCUUGAAGAACGAAUGCAACAGGAAUUUCAUGGCCCCACAGAACACAUCUAUAAAACUAAUAUCGAGCUCAAGGUGGAAGUAGAAAGUCUGAAGCGUGAGCUCCAAGAGAGAGAGCAGCUGCUCAUCAAAGCCUCCAAAGCAGUUGAGAGCCUCGCUGAAGGAGGCGGCUCAGAAGUUCGGCGGGUGAAAGAGGAUGCUCAGAAGAAGGUGCAGCAGGUCGAAGAUCUCCUAACCAAAAGGAUAUUCCUUUUGGAAGAGGAUGUGAAAGCCGCCCAAGCAGAACUGGAAAAGGCCUUUGCAGGGACAGAAACGGAGAAGGCUCUUCGGUUGAGCUUGGAAAACAAGCUUUCAGAGAUGAAGAAGAUGCACGAGGGGGACUUGGACAUGGCUCUGGUCCUGGAAGAGAAAGACAGACUGAUUGAGGAGUUGAGGCUGUCUUUGAAGAGCAAAGAAGCUUUAAUUCAGCGCCUGAGAGAGGAGAAAUCUCAGAUGGUGCCUGCUGCUGAGAAUGUGUCAUCUGGAGAGCUCCGAGGGCUUUCUGCUGCUCGCAGGGCUGAAAAGGAGAGAGAAACCGUGGCUGCACAAGUGGAGCGCCAGACGGAGAGAAAUCGCUUUGAAGAGAGGAUCCAGGCACUUCAGGAGGACCUGAGAGAGAAGGAAAGAGAAAUUGCUACAGAAAAGAAAAAUAGUUUAAAGAGGGAUAAAGCCAUUCAGGGUCUAACCAUGGCAUUAAAGUCCAAGGAAAAAGAGGUUGAAGAACUUAACUCUGAAAUCGAAGAGCUCAAUGCUGCCUUUGCUAAAGUCAAAGAGGCCCGCCAGAAACCAGAGACUCAGAAAGUCCAGGGGUCUGAAGAUUAUGAAGCUGCUCUGUUGGAAAAGGCAGCUCUUUUGGCUGAGCUGCACUCAGAAAACCUCACCAAGAGUACAGAGAACCACAGACUGCGUAGGAACAUUAAGAAAGUCACCCAGGAGCUGAGCGACUUGCAGCAGGAGAAGGAGAGACUAGAAAAGGACCUGGAAGCAGCCCAUCGAGAGAAGAGCAAGAGAGACUGCACCAUCCAUGACCUUAGAAAUGAAGUUGAGAAGUUACGCAACGAAGUGAAUGAAAGAGAGAAAGCAGUGGAGAACCAUUAUAAGAGUCUUUUGAGUGAAAGUAAUAAAAAAUUACACAGUCAAGAGCAGGUGAUCAGCCGUCUAACAGAAAGUACCAAUCAAAAGGACAAGGACUUGUUGCCUCAGAAAUUCAGUGGCAAAGAUUCAGAAGCAGUUCAGCAAAAUCGUUAUUUAAUGACUGCGGAGGAUCUCAAGUUCAGGAGUGAAGACUUAAUAACAGAAAAGUGCUCCUCUCAACAGUCACCAGGCAGCAGAAGCAUCUUCUCGGAGGAAAAGCAACAAUUAGACUAUGAAGAGCUGAUUCAGGUCUUAAAGAAAGAGCAGGACAUCUAUGCCCACCUGGUAAAAUCUCUGCAGGACUCAGACAGUGUCAGCAACCUGCAGGCUGAGUUAAACAACAUCCUUGCCCUGCGGAAGCAGCUGGAGCGGGAUGUGCUCACCUAUCGGAAUCUGCAAAAGACGCUGGAGGAACAGAUCAGUGAAAUACGGAGGCGGGAAGCAGAAGAACCAUUUUCGUUUUAUAGUGAUCAAACAUCUUAUCUAAGUAUUUGCCUUGAAGAGCACAAUCGGUUUCAAGUGGAGCAUUUUUCUCAAGAAGAACUUAAGAAAAAGCUGGAGAGCCUCCCCAGGUCUGAUACACUCCUUAGGUUCAAGGACCAGCCCAGCUCGAGCUGCUGUAGGACACGCUCUCCAGUCCCUCCACGUAGAGUUGGGCCACCUUUCCCUCAGGUCGCUCACCUCUCUUCUUGUACCAGGCACAUCGAUUCCCUUCGCAUGCGGGUCAGCGACCUCAUACAGCUCGUGAAGGAACUGUAUACAGACAACCAGCACCUGAAGAAAACCAUCUUUGACCUCUCCUGCCUGGGCUUCCAGGGGGAUGACAGACUUGAGUCAACAGAACAAGUGGAGCUUCCGGCUGGCAAGGAAGACGAGGACACGAUCAGAAUUGGAGAAGGUGACGAGAGUACUUCCCUGAGUGACCCACAUUUGGAGCAGACUAAUAAGAUUACUGAGGAUUAUUCCAAAGGGGGCUGCAAAAAUGGAUAUUUAAGGCACACAGAUUCCAAUAUUUUGGACUACGAUGGAGCCCACAUACCUGGCGGCCCUGGAGACCAGAGUCUGGAGGAAGGCGAGCUUAUGAACCUGCUUGCCCCUUUCAUCAAUGAGAAGGCCACGUUGUUACUGGAAUCCAGGCCGGACCUUCUGAAAGUGCUGCGUGAACUGCUCCUGGAACGAAUCUGCUUGCCAGAGCAGGAAGCUUCCGGAGAACACCUUGAGGCUGAAACUGAGAAGACACUUAAGCAGAUGGCUGUUCAGCUAAGAGGUGAACUCAGACAAUUCAUCCAAGCCAACUCCUUUUCCAAGCCCCACGAUGAGCUGAAGUCGCCUAGGGGCGGUCAGCUAGUAAAGGUGGAGGCCUCGUCCAGGGUGGAGCUGAAAGAUGCCUCAGUGCAGACCACGGCCACGGAGCAUGACCCGCUCAGAUUCAAACACGAAGGCACGAGAGAGGCUUGGGAAGAGACACUGCCAGCUGCCGCACUCAGCACCGGGUACCAGCCGGAGACGGCAGGGCGUCAGGCCUGUCCUCUUUCCUUCCCCCAUGGGGCUGACAAAGAUGCUAGGAAGUCCCGUUUGCCCAUCCUGAUAAAACCAUCCCAGUCACUAGGAAGUGUGUAUCGGCUCCCAGCCACGCAGGAGGUGGUGGCCCAGCUGCAGGCCCAGAUCUUGGAGCUGCAGGGGGAGCUGAAGGAGUUUAAAAUUCGCAACAAGCAACUUCACCAAAAGUUAAUUCUGGCUGAAGCAAUGAUGGAGGGGAGCCCAGCGCCAGACAAAACGCUACAGAAAGACUCUGAAAUUGACCAACCCAAUGACCUUGCCAUCUUGCCAACAUGCAAAGAGAAUCCUUCUGAAGAUUUUCAGAGCCCAACUUCAGUAGCUACUUACCUGAAUUCCAAGAGUCAGCUUUCCACUGAAAUCAGUGUGAUUGGAACCGAUCAGUGUAAGAACAUCGAUACCUCAAAUGAUACAGAAAACUUGAAACAGAAAAUCUAUGACUUGGAAACUGAGCUCGAGGGCUACCGGAAUUUCAUAUUUCAGCUUCAGAAGCAUUCCCAGUGCAGUGAGGCCAUUAUCACAGUUUUGUGUGGGACAGAAGGGGCUCAGGAUGGCUCCAACAAGGCCAAGGCUCAUACUGAUGAAGAAGAAAUGACCUUUUCAAGUUUGCACCACGUACGUUAUGUGAAACACAUGCAAAUCCUCCAUCCGCCGGACCCAGAGAUGGCUGAUGGCAGGAUGCUGGAGAGCCUUGAGCAACAGCUGGUAGACCAGGAAUGUGAGCUGCAAAAGGAGCACAAUUUGAACAUGGAACUUUUCAGUGACGUGCAUGACCUGCAGAAUAAGUUCAGAGAUCUCUCGCCCUCAAGAUACAAUUCAUUAGUUCAGUCCCAAGCCAGGGAGCUCUCCCUUCAGCGGCAGCAGAUCAAGGAUAGCCAUGACAUCUGUGUCAUUUAUCGUCAACACAUGAGGACCAUGAUUAAGGCAUUUGAGGAGCUGCUGCAGGCCAGCGAUGUGGACUACUACGUGGCUGAGGGCUUCCAGGAACAGCUGAAUCAAUGUGCCGAGCUGCUCGAGAAAUUGGAAAAGCUGUUUCUCAAUGGAAAAUCAGUAGGAGUGGACAUGAGUACCCAGAGUGAACUGAUAGAGAGGGUUGAGGAAGACAGCUUACCCUACCAACAUAUUCUACCUGAAUCUCCUGAGCCUGCAGCCUCUCACGCGUUGUCUGAUGGUGAAAUGUCUGAAAAGUCCUCCUCCUCACAAGACCAGAAGCAAGACAGCGAGUCUGAGAGGACUUCAGUUUUGGUGAACAAUUUUUCUCAAGACCUACUAAUGGAACAUAUACAGGAAAUUCGAAGUUUGAGGCAACGUUUAGAAGAAUCUAUUAAGACAAAUGAGAAGCUACGGAGACAGUUGGAACGGCAAGGGCUUGAGUUUGAUCAAGGUUCUUCAAACAGUUUUGCUUGUGGUUCAGAGCUGCAUAAUUCUCUGACAUCAGAAAUUCGUUUCCUGAGGAAGCAGAACCAGGCCCUCAAUACAGUGCUUGCCAGAGGAUCCAGAGAUAAACAGAAGGAGAAUGAAAAAUUACGAGAGUCCCUCUCCAGGAAGACUGCGAACCUUGAGCGGCUCCAGCGGGAGCUUGCCUGUGUGAAGGGGGAGAAGGAAAGGCUGCAGCAGGAGGCGGGCCAGAGGGAGCAGCACAACCAGCAGCUGCGCCAGGAGCUCUGUGCCAGCCGCAGCGAGCUCAGCAGGGUGCAGGAGGGGUUGAAAUGGAGGCAGGAGCUGCUCUCACAGAACAACAGGCUGCUGCAGUCCCUGCGAGUGGAGCUGAAGGUGUAUGAGAAGCUGGAUGCGCAGCACGGGAUUCCCAGAGAGUCCAGAGGAGAGAUGUCGGGAGAAGGCUGGAAGGGGCAGGACCCGCUCGGUGACCUGCAUGACCUCCUGACCGAGAUCCAGGCUCUGCGGGCACAGCUGGAAAGGAGCAUCGAUACCAACAGCACGCUGCAGGGCAGGCUCGAGGAGCAGCUGGGGCAGGGCGGGAGGAAGGCACUCCAAACCCUGCCCGUGCCUGAGCAGCCCCUUCCACCAGACAAACACGAUGGCGACAGAUGUCCUGUGGCAACUGAUAAUUCCUGUGAUCUGCGUGACUCCGCCCCACCUGUGCGCCCGAGAUCAGCAUCAGAGAGUCCUCCACUCUCUAGAAAUGACAUGGACUCCCUCUCCUGUGACAGUGGCAACUCGGCCACCAGCGCCUUGAGUAUGUCUCGCCUGGUCCCGGGCCACCACUUGUGGGCCAGCAAGAGUGGCAGCCACAUCCUGGGCUUGAUUGAGGACUAUGAGGCCCUGUGCACACAGGUUGGCCAGGGCCAGAAGCUCCUUGCCGAGAUGGACAUUCAAAUCCAGGAGGCACCCAGCCCCUCAAGUCGAGAGCUGGAAACAAAGGGUCUCCACCCGGCGCCUCUGAGCAGGUUUGUCACCAGCGUGAGCAGAGCCAAGCUGAUCCUGGAAGAGGCCGCGAGGUUACUGACGCUUCUCUGGAGAGUCUCACUCCCCACGGAUGGCCAGUGCACACUCCACUGUGAACAGACUGGAGAAAUGAAGGCUGAGAUCACCAAACUGAACAAAAAAUUAUUUGAUCAAGAAAAGAAGUUGCAACACACCAUGAAGCUUUUGCAGCUGAGCAAACACCAGGAAAAAGUCAUCUUUGAUCAGUUGCUCAUCACCCACAAGGUCCUUCGGAAGGCCCGAGGAAACCUGGAGCUGAGGCCUGGGGGCGCCCACCCAGGACCGUGCAGCCCCAGCAGGCCGGGCUCCUGAGAGCAUGCAGACAAUAAAGCUUGCGGUUCCCACAG